AUGCCGCACUUCAAGGGAGCGCCUGUGCCUCUCCACCCGCUGCCCCACCCUCUCCCAUCGGUCACGCUUCUUCCUCCGCCGCUCUUUCAAAUCUCGUACACAGGCGAAGUGUUUGAGACGUACGAAGAGUAUUGCGCUCGCAUUGAGUUCUACAGAACUCGUCACUUUACAUGCGCUGCUACGGGCAAGCAAGGUCUCAACUUUGUUGAGGCUCUCUACUCGGAGGCCGAGGCAGAGGAGGCUCUGGCGGAGUUCUCGGUUCAUACGCUGACGACGGCCGCGGCUGUCAUUCAUGGCAAGAUCGGUCCGCUCAACAAGGUCAUCACCGCCGUUCGUGCUGUGCUCAAGACCGGCUUUUGGGUCAGCGACGUCGUCUCGGUCGCCGCAGAGUUUUUGCCGCCCAACCUGCCCCCGGGCAUGCCUAUUGUCCGUCUGCCACCGGCCGAAGGCAUCGAGCAGCAGCUCGUGCUUGCCCUCAACGAGCUGAACGACGACGCCGGCAAGCCGGUCUCUGUCUCGUGCCUCAGCUCGCAGGUGACACGGCUCGGCCGAGUCACCGGCUGGUGCCCGAUGCCCAACGCCGCCAUCCGGACGCUGAUGAUGCUGCACGCGUCGCGCGAGCCGUGGGCCGGCGCGCCGUGGGUCGUGCACCAGGACCUCUGCGAGGACUUUAACCUCCCGCCGGUUGUGCUCGCCGCCGACGCCGCCGACCGCGCCGCCAAGUACAACGCAUUUAAGCGCAAGCGGGUCGCUGACCGCGCCACCGAGGUCGCCGACAAGCGGACCAAGUACCUCGAGUCGCUGCCGCCGACCUCGCACGCGCUGGACAAGGAGGCGCCGGCCAAGCCUAUUUUUGUCGCAGAUGCCCUCCUCCCGCCGCUACCGGCCGACCAGCAGCCCGAACCCGGUACGCUGGUGUACACCGGCGAGGCCGAGCAGGAGCUUGUGGCUGCCUGGGCUUUUCUCGUCCGCUUUGCCGACGAGAUUGCGCUCGAGCCGUACUCGUUCCCAGCCCUUCUCCGCGCCAUCGACACCGUCGAUACCGACGACGCCGACGAUGGCACUGCGCCGCUCCUGGUCUACACCUACAUUGCGCUCCUCGACCUCAUUCUCACGCCGGCCCAGCACCAGGCGCUUGGCGCCCGCAUCCGCGAGCACGCGCCGAGUGUGUACGCCGAGCUCUUUGGCGCCGACGCGCUCACCCGCGAGUCAACGUCGGCGGUGACCUCGGUCAACUUUUCGACCUGGCACUACGCGCUCGCCGUCUUUGCCGCCGACUAUGUCGCCGAGCUCGACGGCGAGACACCGGCCGUCCUUGCGCCUCUCCUGGUCGGAGGCGAGCUGCCGGGAGCGGCGACCAUUGCGGCGGCGCUUGGGCGCGCCGGCCACGCGCUCCUCCUCACCGCUAUCACCGACAUUAUGCUUGACUCACGCUUGCUGCACACGAGCAUCGCCGAGGCCGCCAAGGAGCGCGGCUCGCUGCGGGCCAAGGGCAAGAAGGAGCUGGAGGAGCUGAAGGAGAAGGCUGAGGCUGCCAUCGAGGAGCUCCAUGCCACCUACACCGCUGCUGGCCUCGACAAGCUGCCGAGCCCGUCGCUGGCGGUGCCCGACGAUGUCGACGACGACGGCUCGUCUUCGGACGACGACGACGACGAAAAUGACGACGACGACGACCGCGGCUCAUCGGUUGCGCUCGGCUCCGGCCGUGGCAAGUCUGCGUUCAACAAGCCUGGCGACGAGCCGGUGCCGAUGGCCACUGUCCCGCCGACGCCGUCCAAAUCGCUGCCGGAAGGCAUCCAGGUCAAGAUCCGCGAGCUCCGGCGGCAGCUACGGUCGCUGCCGGAGCCAGAGCAGCCAGGCCCGGGCGCGUCGCGAUUGGAGACGCUCGAUUACAACAAGGCGAUGGAGGCGUACCGCCGUGAGGCAGACGCGCUCCACGAGCGUGUGGAGGAGAUGAAGUCCGAGGCCGUCAAGCUCAGUGGCGAGUAUCAGAGCGCGCUCCUUGCGGCUCGCGAUGAUUACCUCCGCGCCCGCGAGGAGGCUGAGCUCAAGAACCUCUCGCGGUAUCAGUCUGUGGCCGUUCGCGGCCACUGGCUCGGCGAAGACCGCCGCUCACGGAAGUACAUGGUGCUCGAGAACGAGGGCUCGCUCCUCUUCCUCGACGUGGCCAAGCGCGAGAUCCGCUCGUACUCGUCAAUGCGUGAGUUGGGCAAGCUCCUCGACGCGCUCUCGCCGCUCGGCGUGGUCGAGCGCAAGCUCCGCGCCCGGCUCGAGCGCUUCCGCCGCGGCAUCCAGCUCGUUCUCGAGGAGACCGAGUCGGCCGCCGCCGAGUCGGCCGCCGCCGCCGCCGAAAAGGUCCAUCUUCAGGAGCAGAUCGACGCCGGCCUCGUCCGCCGCUCCGCCCGGCGCACCGACGACGAGCUCGAUGACGCUGCUGACCCGGUUGCCGCAGAGCUGGCCAACUACCGCAACGCGGGCUGGGAAGCCGAGGAGGCCCGACGCGAGGCUCGCCGCAACAAGCGCGCGCUUCGCGGCGGCUCGUCGUCGCGGCGCUCAUCUCGCUCAGAAACCCGCGAGUCGUCGCCGGGCGCAGGCCUCGAGUCGCGCGCCGCCUCGCGCCGCGCCGCCCGCGCCAUCAACGCCGGUAUCGGGCGCCCCAAGAAGCUCUCUCGCGCCGAGCGCGCCAAGCGCCGCUCCCACAAGGACAUGGUCGGCUCGGACGACGACGACGACGACGAUGCCCUCUCCGACGACGACGACGGCGAUUGGUCCGACGCCGAUGACGACGAUGACGACGACGACGAGUCGUCGGGCAACCACGAUGAGACUUGCCACAUUUGCAACAAGCGUGGCUCGCUCAUCGUCUGCGAAGGCUGCCCCAAGGUCUACCACUCGGCCUGCCUCGGCAUCACCGUCGGCGACUCGGACGACGAGUGGUUCUGCCCGGCGUGCGUUGUCCAGCGAAGCGAAGGCGGACGGCGGGCACGGCGGGCGCCGCUCAUUGCCUGCGGACUCUCGUACAAUGAAGACGGGCGUCUGGUCACGGUUCUGUCCAAGCUGCGAGCCUCCGGUGCUUACGCGCUCUGUCUCUUUGCUAUGGCGCCUUGCGCCGCACCGGCGGCCUCAGCCGCGGCCGAUGACCCCGACGACACGCAGCCACUCGCUGAUGCCCGCAAUUCGGUGACGGCUGGCCAUCUCGUGGAAAGCGGGCGGCGUAGAGAGUGCGAGUGGCACGCCUCGCUCGCCAAGCUGCCGCUGCCGACGAUGAUCAAGGAGAAUAUGAUCGCUGGCGACGAUGGAAGUCUUGUCGACGUGUUGCCGCUCUGCCUCUGUGCGCAGGACGCGCUGGUGGUGGAUGCCGGUGCCGAUGACGGAUCGGGGGCGGUGCAAGUGUCUGGAGGCGAGGUGCGGCGGGCACUGGACGCUGCGAGGAUCACAGAAGUGCAUGUGGCCGGGAUGGCAACAGAGGGCGCGGUGGCGGCAACAGCAAGGGCGGCGCUGGAAGAAGGCUGGUCGGUGGCGGUGUUGGAGGAUGUAGCGGUGUCUGAUGCGCCCGAGGUGGCGGCAGCGGCCCUGGUGGCUCUGGAAGGCGAGGGUGUGCGGCUGCUGCUAUCGAGCGAUGUCUCUUUGUAG